GCAAAUAUUUGCUGGUUCCCCCGACUGUUGGUUAAACCAUUUAACAAUAAAGUUGCAGACCUUGUAUGAGUAAAAAUGGCAAAUAAUUAUAAGUUGUUGGUGAAAAAUGCAAAGCAAUUGAUUUUGAUCUGCAACAGUGGAGAAAAGUACUUAACAAGUGAUGGAAUGCAAGAUCUUAAGAUAAUUGAAAAUGGAAGCAUCAUUGUAGGGAGAGAUGGACGAAUAGAAGCUGUAGGGAGUGCUGAUACAAUCAAAGUUAACUAUUCAGAAGCCUCUUUUGAUAAGGUGAUUGAUGCAACCGGAAUGUGUGUUCUGCCUGGGUUGGUUGAUGCACACACUCAUCCUGUUUGGGCUGGUGACAGAGUGCAUGAAUUUGCAAUGAAGUUGGCUGGAGCUACUUACAUGGAUGUCCAUCGUGCUGGAGGAGGAAUACAUUUUACUGUGGAGCAUACUCGAGCCGCAGAUGCCUCUAAACUUGUGGCCUCUCUGAGCAAUAGACUAAAGAGAAUGCUGCAGACAGGAACCACUCUGGUGGAGUGCAAGAGUGGCUAUGGCUUAGACCUGCAAACUGAGCUGAAGAUGCUGGAGGUGAUUGAGACAGCAAGGCACACCCUACCAAUAAAUAUCUCCUCAACCUACUGUGGUGCACAUGCAGUGCCAAAAGGAAAAACUGUUGCUGAGGCUACUGAAGACAUUUUGCAGGUGCAGCUUCCUAAACUGAAAGAGUGCAUGGAAACCGGAGCCAUCCAAGUCGACAACAUUGAUGUUUUUUGUGAGAAAGGAGUGUUUGACUUAAGUUCCACAAAAGCCAUUUUGCAAGCUGGCAAAGACAUGGGCCUUAACAUUAAUUUUCAUGGAGAUGAACUACACCCCAUGAACUCUGCUCAGUUGGGAGCACAGCUUGGAGCACUGGCCAUUAGUCACCUGGAGGAGGUCACAGAUGAGGGCAUUGAUGCUAUGGCAAAGGCAAAAACAGCUGCCAUCCUUCUACCAACCACAGCUUAUAUUCUGAGACUUCCUCAACCCCGAGCCAGAGACAUGCUGAAGGCUGGAGUCAUUGUUGCUCUUGGCAGUGACUUCAACCCCAACGCGUACUGCUGCUCUAUGCCCAUAGUCAUGCACCUGGCCUGUGUUAAUAUGCGGAUGUCCAUGUCUGAGGCUUUAGCUGCUGCAACCAUAAAUGCAGCCUAUGCCCUUGGAUGCUCCAGUACACAUGGCUCUUUAGAAGUCAACAAAGAUGGAGACUUACUGAUUCUCAGUACAAUACGCUGGGAGCAUCUGAUUUACCAACUGGGAGGACAUCAAGAGCUUAUCCGUUAUGUUGUCAUCAAAGGCAACAUCAUCUAUGACAAUGACCGAACCAUGGACUUAUGAUGAGAGCAAAGAUUCUAUUAAAAUUAAUUUCACUCUUAUUGAUUAAUAA